AUGGUUGCCGAGCCUUAUUGCAUACCCGCCAACUGGGUAGGGGAUGCAACGGGCACGGCGGCCAUUUAUGUUCCAGAAGGCACUACGCUCCUCUCCGUCAAAAAGAGGGGAAAUGGUUUUGUGGCAGCCGACUGGGGGAAAUACACCAUAUUCUCGCGUUUCCGCGAUGGGCCCUCGCGGGGUUGGACGUUGACCUGCUGCGCUUCCGGCGAUGACGGACGAGGAGGCAAUGUGUAUCCGCAGCGCGAUCACCAGGGUCUGCGAUGCGUGCAUGGUCCGCGUGCGGCAAAGACCUCAAAAGAGGCAGGUGUAUUGGUGGUCACCCGACAUUGCAGAUCUUCGGCGACGCUGUGUCGCUGCCCGCCGGAAGUUUCAACGACAGCGACGGCGGCGGCCCCGGAACGAGGAAUUGGA